UUAGACAGAAUCACUUGGUCUGUGCUUUUCGUUUGCACUCCAACGUUUCUGGCAGUUCUCCCCCUAGCUCCGGCCCUAUAGCGCUCUUCCCUAUCCUGCUUCCUCAAGCAGCUUAGAGAAAGGGGAACUUGAUCGCUGAAGGGGCUACCACUAAACAAACAACCAGCGCAGGAAGACACGCGCUCUGCGGUCGUGAGCUGUUCUGCUGAAUUAAGCACGGCAGAGCUGAAGCAAAGAUUAGAGCUGGACACUGCCUCGGACGGAAGGUGCGGGUAGAAGCGACUUCCCUUGCCACAGCCCUUCCCGGAGGGACAUCCGUCGCUCAGACAGUUCCACCCGAGUCUCCAGGAUGAAGCAGAGUCUUUGGACAGCCCUCCUGGUACUCCUGACAGCAGUGGAAGCAGAGGCCCUGAAAGAACCUCAGCUGUGCUACAUCUUGGAUGGGAUUUUGUUUGUCUAUGGUAUUAUCCUGACAUUACUCUACUGCCGACUUAAGAUGCAGUAUCGUAAGAAAAGCAAACCUGCCCCUGCCGCCAUCUAUGAGAAAGUGGAUGGACUCUAUACCGGCCUUGGCUCCCGUGAGACUGAAGCAUAUGAAACCCUCCAGCUGCCCAAAGCGCACCCGCGACAGCAACCCCCAGAAGAGGGGCAGUUGGUGGAAUAGGUGUGUUUCCUCGUGGGUCUCCUGGACACACCUUCCUGGCACUCCAGCACCUGCAAUUGUACAACUGGCUUUGAACUCUGGGAGACUCAGCAUCUCCACACCCUGUGCCAGCCUAGGAAGGAAAAUCCCACCCCACAAGACACUGCGUUUAAUCGUUCUCUUUUUUGGCAUAUACCAGCCUUCUCUAGCCAGUUGUUCGCUGGACCCCUUGGACGAUCGCUCCCACGUUUCCCCAGACUGCAUGGCUAUUAGCUGUGCUGGCUGAGGAUGAUGGGGCACUAGAUCUGCAGGGGGCCUGGCGUGCCCAGUUUGCAUUGCUUGUUCCUGCUUGCUCAUUUCAGCCUGUCCCUUCCCGCGAGGGAUUGCUGGGGUACGAGCAAAAGUCGGCGGAGUCUGUCUUUGUUUCGCCAUUCAUUGAUUCUGAGAUCAUACCUCGUUUUGAAAUCAUGGGAGCCUCAAAGCCUUAGGGGUAGGCCUUUGCUUACACAGCCACGUAACUAAGGAUUCCCGUCGGCUUCUUGCACCCUGUUUGCCAAAGCUAUGCUACUGCGGGAGGGGAGGAAUAUUUUAUUCCCUGCUCACUCGGCCUUCCUUGGCAUGGUGUGUAUCAGAGUAGAACGCCCCUCUGGCCGCAGCUCACGGAGUCAAUCCUCUGCAUGGUGUUGGAUAUUUCCUAAGGAAACUGAGGUAGGGUGGCUAAGCUCUCCUCGGUUGCUCAGAGAAGCAUCCCUGAGUAUUGUCAUAUGCCUUAUUUUGACACAUUUCUUCCCUACUGUAUAGUUUUCUCUUCCAACUUAACCUUAGUUACCCCCAGAUCAUCUUUCCUGCGUGGGGGUUCCCUUGCAUUAAAAUUAGAAAGGGUCCAGCGUAGGGCAACAAAGAUGGUCCAGGGUUUGAAAACACUGCCCUGUGAGGAGAGACUGAGUGAAUUGGGC